GUACUCUACGUCUCUAAUGUCUCUUGUUGAUAAUUAAAGAGUUAGUCUCUUUAUAAAAUCUCUCUCUUUCUCCGAGAAUGAAAACAAAAAAUAAGAUCCAGAGGAUGGCCUCUCUUGCCGUCUCUGCUACUACAAUCACUCGAUCAGGUUCAAAAAGACAUCUCCAUUGCUGGUCCCAUCUUCCACUAGAUCUCCUUCGAUUGCUUUUCGAACGCCUCGGAUUUGCGGAUUUUGAACGAGCCAAAACUGUUUGUUCAUCAUGGCGAUCAGCUUCGAAAAUAUCUGAGCCAAAUAAUGAGAUCCCUUGGAUGAUUCUCUUCCCAAAGGACAAAAAUUACGGUAUCUUGUUCAAUCCUGAAGAAAAAGAAAAGCAAUACAAAACUCAAGAUCUUGGCAACGACUUUGGGAAGAGCUUUUGUGUGGCGACUUGUAGAAGCUGGCUUCUCAUGCUAGACGAUCGAGGUUACAUCAAGGAUGUCCCUCAAUAUAAGUUCUAUAUCUUACAUCUUUUAACACGCGAGCGGAUCAAUCUACCGAGUUUUGAAUAUGGGAUCACCUCUCCGGUAUUAUGGGUAGACGAGAAAACCCAAGAUUACUUAAUUAUAGGAAUGUUUGGUGAAGUAAAUGCGGUUUCUUUCAAGAGAGGAGAUAACUCGUGGAAAAUAAUUCCGUAUUUGUUAGGUAUUGACGAGUGUUUUAAAAUGGUAUACAAAGAUCACAAGCUUUUUUGUUUCAACUAUUUUAAAAUCCGUAUUCACGAUUUCUCUGGAGAAAUUCCUUUGGAAAUUUUCAGAAUUAGCGUACGUGAAUGCCUACCAAGAUCAGUAGGUCUUACCAUCUACUUCAAUGGUAAUCUUUCUGAAGAGAAGUAUCAAGAAAACAAUAUCUUCAUCUACAAUCUCGAUUCGAAGAAGCUUUCAGUGCCUGCACUUUGUGAUUGACGGUGCUAGUUUGGCUUGUUGUGGAUAUGAAGUUGUUUCGUUCCGUGCUUUUGACUCUAGGAGGGAGUUCCUAGAGUGAAGAAGCAUUGCAUGCCUCAUUACGCUUGGUGAUUCCGCAGUCGCUUGAUCCGCACGUAUUACCGUUGGAAGGGCUGUCUGUCUCAUCGCCUUCUGGUCAUCCGCCUUUUCCCUUUGUUCAUUUAUCUUUUGUUUAUCUUCUUAGCUUCACUUAAUGAUUCUCUUUUAACUUGUAUCACUUCAUCUUCUUCCUUGAGCUUUGCUUAUGGAUUGAAUUGAUGAUUUGAUUCAAUAAUGUGCUUCAUCUUCUACCACGUGGUAUGAUGCCAUAUUUUUUUCUUUC